GUUGACCUGACAGAAUUCCAGACCAAUCUGGUGCCCUACCCUCGCAUCCACUUCCCUCUGGCCACCUAUGCCCCUGUCAUCUCUGCUGAGAAAGCCUACCAUGAGCAGCUUUCUGUAGCAGAGAUCACCAAUGCCUGCUUUGAGCCAGCCAACCAGCUGGUGAAAUGUGACCCUCACCAUGGUAAAUACAUGGCUUGCUGCCUGCUGUACCGUGGUGAUGUGGUUCCCAAAGAUAUCAAUGCUGCUAUUGCCACCAUCAAGACCAAGCGCAGUAUCCAGUUUGUAGAUUGGUGCCCCACUGGUUUCAAGGUUGGCAUUAAUUACCAGCCUCCCACUGUGGUACCUGGUGGAGACCUGGCCAAGGUCCAGAGGGCUGUGUGCAUGUUGAGCAACACCACAGCCAUCGCUGAGGUCUGGGCUCACCUAGAUCACAAGUUUGACCUGAUGUAUGCCAAGCGUGCCUUUGUGCACUGGUAUGUGGGUGAGGGCAUGGAGGAGGGGGAGUUCUCUGAGGCCUGUGAGGACAUGGCUGCCCUAGAGAAGGAUUAUGAGGAAGUGGGUGUGGAUUCUGUUGAAGGAGAGGGUGAGGAAGAAGGAGAGGAACACUAAUACAUCCUGUAAACCCCUGGAUCAUGUCAAACUCCCAGAACUUCAACAUUAGCUGACAGGCAGCACUGAUGAUGCUUCUGACUGUGUUACCUUCAAUUCUGUGAUCAUGUCUUCUCCAUGUGUCCCUGUAUGUGUUUUCCAUGAUGUCUCAAAGUAAAAGCUUUAAGAAAAAAAAAA